UUACUACAGACACCCUAUGGCUACACUGUCUAAUACAAAUUCUAUGCAACUAUAUUCCAUUAGUUUUAACAAACCGAGUGCUAGAAUGGCGCGUUGCUUGACAGAAGCUUUAAUAAAAUAUCAAACGGCCGAGGAGGCCAAAAUCUUAAGCAUAGCGGAUGAAUUGGAUGAGCCUAGCAAAUCACUAGUGCGCGAAUUGUAUGAACCACUUAAAAUAACAAGCGAGGAUUUGUCUCGCGAAUACAGUGAUUCCGAUAAAAGGAAACUAUGUUUACGCACUAAAGUUCGUGUUAAUAUGACUCUCUUCAACUGUGUGUGGGAUGCAAAGCGACGCUUGGAUAAAAAAGGACGCCUAGUCAACCGCUCGGAGCGUUUCAUCAAUGCGAUGCUGGUGAAGGCGGUGGCCAAGAAAAUGGUAUUACCUUACACCGAAGAGGAGAUAGAAAAGUGUAAUUAUAUUAGACGUUGCCAACUGAAGAAGGAGAACAAUCGUAGACUUAAUCGCUGGAAUUUGGAAUCUACGCAAGAGAACGUGCUCGAUUGCAGCCAUCUGAGUUCAUCUCUGUUGCCGGCGCAAGUAACCAAUCAAUCGCAGUCUAACAGCCAGCAACAAUCAGUAGAAUUGCAAUUGAUGAAAUAUCCAGCUAAUUUGGAUUCUCAAAACACUGAAUCUACGCUAGGGAUUUUAACAAAUGGUCCGGAAAUGUGGGUUAUUGAAGAAUCCCCAGCAGCGGAAAAUAUAUCAGCUUCAGAGAUCGUGGAGAGUUUAAGUAUGCCAGAUCUUGGACCAGACACAGAUUGGGUCCACGCUGCUGCACAAAUCAAUACAGAAUCCAUGACCAUUGGCACUCUGGAGUUUGAUUUGCCAACUGAUAGCCAACCCAUAAUCUCGAAUUCUGAGAAUUAUGACAACUUCAAUACCCAGGUUCCGGCCACGUCCACCCAAACUCAGCCUCAGCCUCAAUCUCAAUGUACCGAACCAUUUCUGUAAAUUAAUUACAAUAAGUUAACCAAAUUUGUUGAAGUUUCCAAAAAUCUUAAGAGAUAUUUAUUAUUGUGCGUUUUGAGUAUAAAAAUUUCCUUAAAACGUCAUACAUUAUAUAAUUUACAUAUACAUAUAUAUUUAUUUAUUUCAAUGCAUUAUCCUAGUUAAAAUCGCGCGUGUUCUUAAAUGUUCUGUAUUCUAUUUACCAAUUGUUGUACAGUAAAAACUUAUGCAUAAAUAUAUAUAAAUGUGUGUUACGAAAUUAAAAUUAAUAUCCUUGCAGUGGA